AUGAGAGUGAUGGGAGGUGAUAAGUAUGUUGUAAAAGAGCACGAAGAUGCUAAAUUUGAUGACGCAUCGGGUACUACAUUGUUUGAUAAAAUUAGUGAGCUUGCCCGGUCCUUUGCUUCAUCACCGAAGGACGCAAAUAAUCUUGCCAACUUCAAAUCGUUAUCCACUAAUUUCCACAAAUAUUUCACUAAUAUUCAUAAGUAUACAGAACACCAAAUUAGUUCCGAAAAUGCCUCUGAACCCGACGCCAUCAGAGCUAUUACAUCCGCCAACCGUGAGCACCUCACCGACGUCAACUCCAAUUUCAACAAUUUACUCGACCACCUCAAAAUCAACAGUAAAUCACACAGAACAUAUAUAUUUGAUAAUACUUACACCAAUCUACAUUCUUCCCUCUCCUCCUCCCUCGCCUCCCUAUCCCCCUCCCACUUCGCCAACCCCCGGCACCCGGAGCUGCUCGAUGCGGUCAGAGCGGGGCUGCGGGGGUUUGUCGAGCAGAUGGAGCGGGUGUAUGUGAAUGGGUAUGAUGGGCAUAAGGAGAGUAUUAAUUUUGAUGAAUUAGUUAUAAAUGGAAGUAAUAACGACAAAAAAUUGUCGGAGAACGGCAGAAACUUGUCGAAGGUAUUUUUGACGAUUUUGGAGACAUUGUAUCAUCAGUUGCAUUGGUUGAGUGAUGGAUGCGCCAAACAAAAAAACAGACAAAUUAAUUUGGAAACGAUUCGUGAAAACAAGAAAAAUAUGACCAAUCAGCUUGGCGGUUUCUUUAGUAGGAACGGCUACCGGGUAUCCAAGGAGGAAAAUUCCCAUGAGGGGGAGUUGAGAAAUGAAAAGGAAUUCCACGCAGAGAAAAUAGCAAGUGAACUACUAAACAAGGAUCUACAACCUUCAAAUAGCAUCCUUACACAGUGGAAGCAGAAGAGUGAGUCCACUGAAGGAAGCAGCCACAGCACUUCACAGAUCACCCUUCUCGACAUACUUGACUUCUUCCACGACCAGUUGCUCGACUAUUUUAAGACGUCUCACCUUCGCCAGAUUCCAUCGCCCAAAGCACCGUGCAAUAUCUACCAGAUGCUGCAAUGGCUCACGGGACUGCGGCACAAUCCGAUGUAUGAGAAACUACGCGGGAACUUCAAAGUACUGUUCAAAAAGCCCGAGGAAGAGAGAGCAAACGAAGAAUCCGCCUACAAACUUGAAUCCACUGAGGCAAAGUUGAACGCUGAGGAAUUAAGCACGAUGCUUCGCAAAGUUUGCAACUACUCCGUCGACGUGCUGGUUGCAAUCCAGGGACACGGGCACGCGGAUGGUGUAUAUGCCGUGGACUUCUACACUAAUCAGAGUAACAUCACUUAUCCAAGCAGUGCAGGUGCGUGCUUCGACAUGCUCGUCGACGUAUCGAAUAGGGUGUAUGAGCAACUUACAUUUAUAUACAAGAUUUGUCAGAACGGUCCUGAGAGUGGAGGCUGGCGUGAUUGUCAAUACGGGCAGCACGUUGCCGGGUCGGCUUGGAACUGCAACAAGAAGCAAUGUGCCAACCAAACAUGCCCCCAAAUAGCUGACCAAAACGCUAACCAAAACGCUAACCAAAAUGGUGACCAAAAUGCUGGGGAAAACUGCGACCGGCACCCUACGUGCGGAGUGAAAUCUCCACUUCAGUCGUUCCUGGAAGAUGGUCUCCAGGGUUUCUUACCGCAUCAAUUCAAGGCUCCAGGCUGCAAGCUAGAAUGUGCUGUCCCUAACCACUUUGGCAAACCGUGUAAAACGCCGAUGGGUUUCAGGGAUAUUGGUAUUGUGGCAUCGCAUACGCAGAACGGCACGCAUCUUAGGGAUGCUGUUUACAAACUGUGUGGAGACGUCGGCAGACCACUCACCAGGCUGUGCGCUUUUACAAAAUGUCUGCUGAAGACGCCGCCUCAGACACUUGGAGAUAUCUUCGGUUUCUUCCAGUGUUACCUGGCAAACUGGAAUGGUAUUUCACCGCCGAAGAAGGAAGCCCUCACGCAUAAGAGCGUAGCGUUCAAAAGUGCAGUAAAGGAGGCUUAUUUCGGGAACGAAUACGAUCUCAAUCUCCCUUCACUUUUCGCAAGCAGCAGUCACCGAAAUAAGAACGGUACUCAUAAAAGAGGUGACCUGUUCAGCAUAACGUCGUGUGAGUCCAGCGACGAGGCGACGUGUGGGAUGUACGUUCAAUCCGUCAACUUGAACCUGUAUAGCAUUUUCGCUGCCUCCAAUAACAAGCAAUAUCUGUCGUGGGUUGUAUACAUUAGCGAAACAUUCUAUGCAUUGCUUAAGGCGCUGCUCGACGAGUGCUGCAAGAAUUGCGAUACUGCUGGUACCAGAUGCCACGACAAGAGCUGUGUUGAAGAUUGCGAAGUCAAAUGCUACUACGAUUUACUGAAGUCCAAUAAUACGGAAGCAGCCGUAAAGCAGCUCGAUGGCAAGAAUCACAAAGAAAAAUGCCAUUCAAUCGUGGAAUGUCAAAACACCCAUCCAACGCUGUAUAAGUACGGCUUCACUUUUGGAAGCCAGCACAGACUGAGCGGCUUGUCAGACAGUGGCGCUAAAAAGCGUACGUGCAAAGAUUUCUGCAGCGCGUUGAAGAGCAUCCUUAACGAUGAGACGCAAGUAGGAGCUGCGCUUGCCAAAUUAGUUUAUAGAACGAUUCCAGAAUAUCUAUGGAAGAUCAGAGAACCGUUCACCUACCUGGUCUUGGCCCUCUGGCUCCUCUCCUUCCUCUACCUCACCCACAUCAUGGUCAUCCGCCUCGACCUGCUCCACAUCAAAUCACAUUUGAGAUCACCCUCAUCGCACCGUAUCGCUGCUCAAUCACUACUUGCUGCAGCACGCGUUAACAAACUGGGCAAAGUGUUUUAUCUGCAACCAUAA